UAACAUUAGCCAUCCAGAAGUCAUUCGUUUUGCGCGUCAGAAUUAGGAUUAAAAUAGUGGCGUUUCACUACAGUAAAUGAGAAAGUUGAACUUGCUGUUGGGUUAAAGAUUAUGUUACCUUAUACCCUUUGAAUUUGAGUUUGUUACGAAGCUCGUCACAAUAAAAGUAAUUUUUCUAUCAUCCAAAAAGUGGCGUUCAAGCUCAGGUUUGAAAAUAUUGUUCUUUUUUUGGAGCUGCCAUUUAAUCAUGUCUGAAAAACACCAUUGUUCGUGUUGCUCCCAUCCAGUCUCCACUCCAAGUGUUCAGCAGAGUCUGAAUGAAAUGGAUUUUGAACGAGGAAUCUGGUCAGCUGCAAUGGACGGGGACUUGGACAGAGUGAAGUCUCUGAUCCAGAAGGGGACAGACCCAAACCUGAGAGAUUCUGCUGGAUACACAGCUCUGCACUAUGGAAGUCGCAAUGGUCAUCUUGCCGUAUGCACAUUUCUGCUUGAUAAAGGAGCGUGUUCAUCCCCUCAGACUCCGGGCGGGGCCACGCCGCUCCAUCGGGCAGCUUUCUGCGGCCGUGCAGAUGUUGUUCGACUCCUUCUGCAGCACCGAGCUGAUCCGAUGCUAUGUGACGAUGAUGGUGCGUCUGCUUUACAUAAGGCUGCAGAACAGGGUCAUGAGGAGGUGUGCCUGCUGCUUCUGGAGCACUGUCCUGCUCUCUGCAGUCACAGGAACAAGAGGCUCCAGCUGCCCUACCAGCUGGCACAGCAGGCAGGCCUGCAGGAGCUCUUAAAACCACCUUCCUGAUGAGGGGCGUUCGUAAUCAGGGGCACGCUGACAUUCUGAUUCCACAAAGGAGCCACCGAUUGAAACGUGACAGCACUUUUAUUGCUUUGAGUCACAGACAGGAUGCUGUAUCUGAUCUGUAGUGGACUGUCUUUUAACAGACUGCUCCUCUUGUGCCCGAGCUGCGGGGUCAGGGUUUAAAAAGUCUAUUUGAGUCUUCAGGUUGUUUUACUUUAGAUAAAUGUAUAGAUUUCCAAAUGAUCUGACAUACGGGGCAGAAAGGCUUAUCUAAGAAUAAUGUGCAUGGAUCAAUCGUUAUAUAGAACUUCAAAGUCAUAAAAAGUUACAAGAAACUCUUUCUUGUAAGUGUUGCAGGAAGGAAACAAUGUUUACAUCAGUAACUGCUGAUUUUCUCACAGUGGUUUUCAGGGGUUUGCUCGAUCCUUACUACGGUUGGUAGGUGCUGGGGGGGCGUUCAGCCACCGGAUCCGUUCCGGCUGCUGGUGCUAAACAAACAUGUUGUCAGACCCAGGUGGAGAUCGUCAAACUGCUGGAAGGCCGUGAUGUGUUCCUGGUACCAGAACCUCCCCCAUGCAGCACCAGCAGUAAUCCGGUGAUGCUCACUGAACCCUGAUGUGCAUUAAAAAGGUUCUAUUUGCAAACCAUCAGGAGUCUUUUUAUGAGCUUGUGUUGGAGCACCGACAGGAAAUGCGGCAGACUUUCCAAAGUGCUUUCCCUCUGUUGACAUGCUGGACGACGGAGAUGUUUAUGAUAACCAAAUGUUCACAUCAUCAGACGUCUGAUUCUAAGUACCUGCCCAACACUAUUUAAAAAAUACUGGCGACUCAUAUUUCUCACCUCGUGUGGACAUUUCCCAGUCUAUAGUGGAUUACAUUAAUGGGCAUUUGUGGCAAGGGAAGCAGUUGUAUACAUCACAAAAUGGGAAAUUGAGUGAAUUUGGAAAUGUUCUUAUUUUGAUCAAUAUUCAUAGAAGUGCCUGGGCGUGUUCCUUUGUGGUUAAAACUAUUACAUUUUCUGCUGAGGUACUCAAGCUAGAGGCCAGCAUCUUUAACAGAAAUGAAGUUAUGAUAAUGCACAUAGCAGUACAAAGCAGCUCCUCAAUGUCCCAGGAAACGAUUGACUAUUUGGCUUUUCUUUAGAAAAAAUCGAUUUGAUUUUUUCCAUUAUAAAAUAUGAUUUAUUAAUUUAAAAAACACGUGAUAGGUUAUAUGUUAACCGUGGUAUAUCACUGAUAAUAUUUGAAAGCUACAUUUAUUCAUGUGAUCGUCUUAUUGGGGGGCUUUCUGUGUUGGGUUUGCGUGUUUUCUUGUAUAAAUGGGCUCUCUCCUCCAGCUGUGAAUUUAAUUUAGGAAUUAAUUCAUUAAGGGUGGUACAAUGUAUAAAAAAUAAAUGAGGGACGUUUCAUUUCU